UUUUGACGGGAACAACAAGAGAUGAUAGCUGACGGCCGGCUUCCUUACAGUUAUUACAACUCCAGGUUUGAUGAUAGCAGUCGUCAACGAAAGGAAACUUGGUACAAAUUGACGUUCUUGCUCGAAGGUGUUUUUUGGGAAGGGGCUCCCCAAAUGUAUGUCUUUGCUCAGUGGCCCAUGGAUUCAUGACAAUGGGGAUUGACUGAAGUUUGGGCUCUGAAAACAGAAACAGAUUGCAAAUCAUCAGGAUUCAGGAACAAGCGCUGAUGUACUCUUAUCCCAAUCCCACUCGUAUCUUAGAUCUUACCAUCUGGAGGAGGGAGUACCUAACUUGAAAAAUCGAUCGAGAAUUCGGUACCCAGAACCCAAAUUAACUCAACAGAAUCCAUCAACCCACGCUCCCUACUAUAUACCCAUCUUACUACCAACGGAUGGAUCAAUCGGCGGCGUCGAAUCGAAAUUAGUUAACCGCAGGCCCUGCUGCUUCAGGUAGCAGCUAGAUCGAUCGGAUCCAUGGGGGAACUCUCGUCGCUCCAGGACGACAUGCUCCUCCGGCUCUGUUUCAAUAUGCCACGGUGUGCAAGCGCUGGCGCCGCCUCGUCGCUGCUGGCCACCGGAGCCGGAGAAGAACCACCACUAUGCGCGCUCCUCCUCUUGCUUCGCCACGGUACGGCUGCGACGCCAGCGGCGGACCAAAGAGCCGUGCUUCAUCCCGGCCACCGCCGCCGGCCUGGCGCCAUGGCCUCCUCCUCGUGCGCCUCGCCCUGCACGGCGCCGGCCGCCUGGCGGUGUGCGAGCUGCUCACCGGCGCGUGCCACGUGCUCCCGCCUCUUCUGAACGACGCCGAGCAAUUCGAGGAGCAGACCAGGGACGGCUACGCCAUCCUCUCCGCCGCAGAAUGCCGCUCGACUUCGAGCUCGGCAUCCUUCUUCUUCAAAGUGCUAGUCGUCACCCUCUGCUCCCCCGCCGGCCAGGAUGACGCCCACAUGGUCUGCCUCCACACGUUAUCAUCGUCCGCCGGGUCCGGCGGCGAAGCGGGCUGCUGGAGCGCGCCGCGGGUCGAGAGCUUCGACUGCGAGGAUGGCUGGUGCAACUAUGGGCCGAUCUGCGGCGGCAACUAUGGGCCGAUCUGCCACGGCGACGCCGUCGUGCUCCGCGGCGCGGCGCACUGGCUCUUCUCCGAUCGGUAUGGGUCCCGCUUCCACGCCAUCCAAGUGGACGUGGAGACCGGCUGCCUCUCCACCACCAAGUUCCCCCACUUCCCGCUGAGCGACGUCCUGAGCACCCCGUGCCUUGGCGUCGUCGCCGACGGGACGCUCUCCUUCCUCAAGGUGCAAAGGAGUCCAGGUUCCCGGCCCCGGUUACAGAUCCGGGAACGGCAAGGCGGCGACCCCGACGACAGCGAUGAGCGCGCGGCUGAUGAGGCGGCGCCAAAAAGAUGGCUCUGCGCCAAGACGGUGGAGCUAAAACCACCGGAGGGCAAGAAGAAGCAGGAGGCUCACUCCAGAUUACUGAAUAUGUACUUCAUGCUGGGAGAGAAGUGUGGCAAGCUGCUCGUCACCGACAUCCGAAUAAACCGCGUGUACGCCGCCGACCUCGGAACCGGGACGACGGAGGAGGUGGUCGCCUGGCCUCAGGGUCGCACCUUCAACCGCAAUGAGGCCGUGCCCUUGGAGAUGGACUGGCCGGCGAUGUUUGCUUCUCGGCUUGGAGAUCGAGCACCUUGACUAGCAAAGGUUUAUGUUGAGUUGGUCGAUUGCUUCGUUAGCUUGGAAAGAAGAAACCCCGUCCGUUUCAAGAUAUAAGAUGUUCCAGAUUUGUACCGAGUCCGUCUUCUUAAAGUGUGACUAAUUUUGUAGAACAAUCUAUCAACAUA